GUGGCCGCCAUUAAAGAAAGGAAUCCAUGAAUUCAAAUGGAAACCAACAGGAACCGAGGCUGAAAUAAUGACCGAAAUAAUCGUUAAAAUAUAGCCCGAUGGCUCAUUUCGAGAGGUUUUCACAGGAUGUGUUUCGUUUUUAGACUAAUUUUUGCGAUGGAGGAGUGAGACAGGACGUCUUUAUUUUUUUAAGCAGAGACCGUUUUAGGGCUAAGGGGGAGGGGGAGAGUUGCUCUCCUUUUCUUUUUGUUUUAUGAACAUUUUUCGCUUCCUUUUAUCAGUUUUUACUGCGUGCUUUUGAGAUGUCGACGUAAGGACCACACAGCCUCUUUUAUUCGCUUUUUAGCUCCGGCAGGAGGGGGGUGAAACUGCAAUCGGAAGGUUGUUGAAUUCUCCAGCCAAAUGUUACUAAAAAAAUAUUUCUCGCUGAUUAACACAUCUUUUUGAGAACACAAAAUUUUUUCGCAAAUUGUUCUUUUAUUUUCCCGGGAAGUGAAACGAUGGAGAGUUGGAUCUCGCAGUGAAGAAGGAUGAGUUCUUGUUAUGUACCAAACGGGGCCAGCUUGGAGGAUUGCCAUUCCAAUCUAUUCUGUCUGGCUGACUUGACAGGGAUCAAAUGGAAGAGGUUCGUGUGGCAGGGUCCCACCUCUGCGCCCAUCCUCUUUCCAGUAACGGAGGAGGACCCCAUCCUAUGCAGCUUCAGCCGCUGCCUGAAGGCCGACGUGCUCAGCGUAUGGCGGCGCAGUCAGCGGCAGGGGCGGAGGGAGCUCUGGCUCUUCUGGUGGGGGGACGACCCCAACUUCGCAGAUCUCAUCCACCACGAGCUUGCAGCCGAGGAUGAUGGGUUAUGGGAGAACGGGCUUUCCUACGAGUGUCGCACGCUGCUGUUCAAAGCCAUCCACAACUUGCUGGAGCGCUGCCUCAUGAAUCGCAGCUUCGUUCGCAUCGGCAAGUGGUUUGUCAAACCCUACGAGAAGGAUGAGAAGCCCAUCAACAAGAGUGAGCACCUAUCCUGCGCCUUCACCUUCUUCUUGCACGGUGAGAGCAACGUGUGCACCAGUGUGGAGAUCAACCAGCAUCAGCCCGUCUACCAUCUGACGGAGGAGCACCUCACUCUGGCUCAGCAAGCGUCCAGCCCCUUCCAAGUGAUCCUGAGUCCUUUUGGCCUGAACGGGACUCUGACUGGCCAGUCGUUCAAGAUGUCAGAUCCUCCCACCCAGAAGCUGAUUGAGGAGUGGAACCAGUUCUAUCCCAUCAGCCCCAGCGCCAAGGAGGGUGUGUCAGAGGACAAGACGGAGGACAUGGACUGGGAGGAUGACUCUCUGGCCUCUGUGGAGGUCCUCGUAGGUGGUGUGAGGAUGGUGUACCCGGCCUGCCUGGUGCUGGUACCCCAGUCAGACAUCCCUGUUGUGGCCCCUGUGGGGUCCUCCCACUGCACUGCCGUCUACCCGGGUGGCCACCAAGUGCCUGCUUCCCAGCGAGAGCCCGCCAUGUCUUUGGUGACUCUCACCCCUCCCACAUCGCCUGAGGAGGCACAGACAGUGGACUCUCACUCGGCCCAGAAGUGGGUUAAGAUGCCUUCGUCAUCUGAUGCGUUCAGCGUGGACAGAACGAGUCAUCAUGGAGGCAAGAUUCCACGCCGGUUAGCCAGUCAGGUGGUAGAGCGCGUCUGGCAAGAGUGCAAUAUCAACCGAGCCCAGAACAACAAGCGGAAGUUCUCAGCCGCAACUAACGGUACCUGCGAGGAGGAGCUGACGGAGAAAGCGGGAGCCUGGGAUUUUGUGGAGCAUUCACAGAGGUCAUACUGCAGCUGCUCCAGAUAUAAAUCAGUGAAGCAGCGAACAGGCAGCACCCCGGGCCAAACUCAGUCAGCGGGCCAGCCCUCCCAGCCUCCUACCAAGCACAAAGCUGGAGGAGAGAAGCCAGAGAAAGGUGAAAAGCAGCAGAAGAGACCCCAGACGCCCUUCCACCAUCGCAGCCUGACCAGCGACGACGCUUCAAUAGAGGCCGAGGCAACAGCUGGCCAGAGGUUAGCCAUGAGGGGCCAGGAUGGAGGAAGGUUCCCUAGUAUACGCUCUACGGACGUGUCCGGAAUUCAAAAAGCCCCCCAGCUCCACAGCGGGGUCAGCGCUGGGCCGUCAGAACAGGCCAACUCCCCCCAACCCCCACCACUCAGUCCGCACCCCUGCGAGCGUGGCGAGGAAUCAGGCGAGGGCAUGAAGAACCCUUCCACCCCCAACAGCCAACACUUCUACCAGCCGCCCCCGGAGCCCUGCCUGGUCGGGGUGAAAGGCGGCGGCGAGGAACCCGGAGGGCCGGAGGGUCUCAAUCAGCACUUCCAUCAUCACCCCCACUCCCACCCCGGAGCGUCGACCUACUCCGAGCCUCCUGAGCCAACAGUGUAUGUGGGCACAGCGGUGAACCUGGAGGAGGACAGCUCCCACGCACCGUGGAGGUUAUUCAACUUGCCUCGCAGGAAAGAGGCCGAGGUGCCCACGCCGCUGCUUCCAGGGGACAAGCUGAGGGACGAGUCCACGGCGUCACAGGACAACAUGGUGUCGGUCACAGAGGUGAUGUCCACGUCCAAAUGGCCACUGAAGGUGUCUGAAGAACGCGUUCAGAUGUAUCGAGCAAGGAGGAACCAGUACCUAUCUGCUGCCAUCACGGACGGAGAUCACGAGCCGGAGGUGGACCCCUACGCCUUCGAGGAAGGAGACGUCAAGUUCACGUUUUCCAACAAGAAGGAUAAGGCAGGAGGGGAGCGUGAGCCGGGCAAGAAACAUAAGGGUGAAGAUGGAGGAACAGGUCCGUCAGAUGAUGCUCAGCGAGGGGCUGCUCACAACCGCAUGGCUUCCACCAGCCUGAUCCACGAGACGGACCUGGUGGUGUCCAUCAACGACCUGGACAACCUCUUCAAUUCGGACGAGGAUGAUCUGGCGCCUGGUUCCAGACGGCCGGUGAACGGAACGGAUGAGAAAUUUGGCAGCAAGGAACCAAAGCCAUCGACUUUGGACCCUGUUUCCUGCAUCAGUUCUGCAGAUCUGCACCAGAUGUUUCCCACACCUCCCUCCCUAGAGCAGCACAUCAUGGGCUACUCCCCCAUGAACAUGUGCAGCAAGGAGUACGGCAGCAUGGAGCCCAACACGGGCAUGACCACGCUGGACGGCACCUCGUCUCUGGGAGGCCACUUCAAGAUCGAGGUGGAGGAGAGCUUCUGCAGCCCCAAGCCAUCUGAGAUCAAGGACUAUUCAUUCGUGUACAAGCCAGAGCUGUGCCAGCCGUUUGUCGGCUGCUCCAUGUUCGCUCCUCUGAAGACGUUACCCAGCCAGUGUCUCCCGCCCGUCAAAAUACCAGAGGACUGCAUCUACCGACCGAGCUGGACCAUGGGCAGGGAGAUGCUCAACCCCGUGCCUGUCAUGACCUUCCUCAACAAGGACAGUAACAUCCCCAGUGUGGGUAGCACCAUGGACCAGGACUACAGCCAGACCUACACCCCGCAGACCCACACGCCUUUCAUGUCAAACAGCGCUCCACCAAGCAACAGCGGCGCUGGCAUCCUGCCUUCACCUGCCACGCCGCGUUUCUCUGCGCCCACCCCCCGUACGCCGCGCACCCCACGCACACCUCGAGGCCCCUCCAGCGUCCAGGGCUCGCUCAAGUACGAGAACUCCGACCUGUACUCCCCUGCGUCCACGCCCUCCACCUGCCGACCGCUGAACUCCGUCGAGCCGGCCACCGUACCCUCCAUCCCAGAGGCCCACAGCCUCUACGUCACCCUCAUCCUCUCCGAGUCAGUCAUGAACCUCUUUAAGGACUGCAACUUCGACAGCUGCUGCAUCUGCGUGUGCAACAUGAACAUAAAGGGAGCCGAUGUGGGCGUGUACCUGAGCGACCCCAUCGGCGAGGCUCAGGAACCCUGCAGCUGCGGCUUCAGCGCCGUGGUCAACCGGCGUUAUGGUAACGGCUCGGGCCUCUUCCUGGAGGACGAGCUGGAUAUCAUUGGCCGCGGCUCGGACGUAAGCAGAGAGGCAGAGAAGCGCUUCGAGGAGCUGCGGCUCUCCUCGCUGGAAAGAACUGGAGUAGGAAGGGGCGACCGCGUCCCAGACGAGCUGAUUCUUCUGCUGCAGGACCAGUGUACUAACCCUUUUUCACCAAUUUCAAUCCUGGAGCAUGACAUCGUGACACGGGGGCCAAGUGGGGCCCCUGUGCCGCCCUGUGUGAGGGUGGAGGAGCGAGACUACCACAGCGACUGCUACAUGGCGCUGGAGCACGGCAGGCAGUUCAUGGACAACAUGUCGGGUGGCAAGGUGGAUGAGGCGCUGGUCAAGAGCACCUGCCUGCACCACUGGGCCAAACAAAACGCAGUGGACGUGAGUGCGCUGUGCUCUCAGGAUGUGCUGCGGGUGCUGAUGUCCCUGCAGCCUGUACUCCAGGACGCGAUCCAGAAGAAGAGGACGGUACGGUCGUGGGGCGUUCAGGGUCCCCUCACCUGGCAGCAGUUCCACAAGAUGGCUGGACGGGGCUCUUACGGCACAGACGAGUCCCCGGAGCCCCUGCCCAUCCCCACCUUCCUGGUGGGUUAUGAGUAUGACUUUGUGGUGCUGUCUCCGUUUGGUCCCUACUGGGAGAAACUGCUGCUGGAUCCCUUCGGUUCCCAGCGGGACAUCGGGUACCUGGUGGUUUGUCCUGACAACGAGGCCUUGCUCAGCGGCGCCAAGACCUUCUUCAGAGAUCUCACCGCCGUCUACGAGUCUUGUCGACUGGGCCAGCACCGACCCAUUUCCAAAGGCUACCCCGAUGGCAUUGUCCUCGUUGGCGGUAACGGAGCCAAGAACCUGGUGGAUCAGCCAGUCAGUGAUUGGUUCCUCAAGGCUGCAAGCAGCAACAGCGACGCCUUCACUAAGCUCAAACUCUAUGCACAAGUGUGCCGCCACAACCUCGCUCCAUACCUCGCAUCACAACCAUUCGACAGCUCCCUCCUCACACAGCCCAGCCCCCCGCCCUCGUCCAGCCAAUCAUCAUCCACACAACUGUCUAGCUCCACCUCCGGCUCAGGCGGCCCGCAGGGCUCGGGGAACGCCGCAGGCUCCUCCGUUCCCAACAACAGCAGCAACAGUGGGUCGGGGAACGGCUCUGCGGCAUCCAACAGUCUGGUGACAUCCUCAGGCCAGCCUGGCAGCGGGAUGCCGUCUGCCAAGCCCAGCUCCUUUCCCCCCUUUGGGAGCAUGGGCGCCCAGGGCCAGGGAGGUGGCCCCCAGAGUGGACAGCUGGGACAGCAGGCUGGUACCCAGAACACUGGCUCCUCAGGGGACAACUCCAGCAGCCAGGCCCAGGGCCCCUCAGAGCCUCCUGAAAGCACUUUGGAACGAGAGAAAGUAGGCGUGCCCACGGACGGGGAGUCCCAUGCCAUCACGUAUCCACCUGCCAUUGUUGUUUACAUUGUGGACCCCUUCAGCUACGAGGAGGCCGACGGUGGCCCGGGGCCAGUGCCGGCCCACUCCAGUGUGUGGACGCUGGGUUUGCUACGCUGCUACCUGGAGAUGCUUCAGUUCCUGCCCCCACACAUCCGCAACUCUAUUUCUGUACAGAUUGUCCCCUGCCAGUACCUGCUUCAGCCAGUACGAGGUGAAGACCGCCAUAUCUACGCCCAGCACCUCAAGUCUCUCGCCUUCUCCGUCUUUGCUCAGUGCAGACGGCCACUGCCCACCUCCACCAACGUCAAGUCACUGACCGGCUUCGGCCCGGGCCUCGCCAUCGACACCGCACUGAAGAGCCCAGAGAGGCCGGAGUGUCUGCGUCUCUACACGCCUCCAUUCAUCCUAGCACCAGUGAAGGACAAGCAGACGGAGCUCGGGGAGACAUUUGGGGAGGCAUCGCAAAAAUACAACGUGCUGUUUGUAGGAUACUGUCUGUCCCACGACCAACGCUGGCUCCUGGCCACAUGCACUGACCUGUACGGGGAACUCCUGGAGACCUGCAUCAUCAACAUCGAUUUGCCCAACAGGUAGGAUCACCACCAUGUGAACCUUAUUA